GGAGCCUACCAAAUAACAUUUUCACUUUUCACUGCUGGCAAUGCUCUAAUAAGCUGAAAGCCAAACACCGUAAAACCAUAAUAAUAAUACGACUGCACAAUUGGCUUCGGGUUUAAUGUAGAGAAACAACAUUGCGCUAUUAUGUAUCAAAAUAUGGUUUAUUUAUUUUUUUUAAACCUGGAAAAAAUGAAGCUUCUCUUUGUUUCGCCUUUAUUAUUCUGGUGUUUUCUCGGCCAUGGAGCAUCUGGUGUUGAUAUUGAUGAAGUGUCAGCGAUGGAGGGAGAUUCAGUCACUCUAUACACUGAUGUUAAGACAAACCAACAAGAGAGAAUCAAAUGGUAUUUUAAUGACAUUCUCAUCGCUGAAAUCACUGGAGAUCAGAGUAAGAUCUGUACAGAUGAUCAGUGUGAUGAGAGAUUCAGAGACAGACUGAAGCUGGAUCAUCAGACUGGAUCUCUGACCAUCACAAACAUCACAAACACAGACUCUGGAGAAUAUAAAUUACUGAUACAUAGCAGCAACAUGGACAGUGAAAAUAUCUUUAGUGUUGCUGUUCAUGGUGUUUCUGCUGCUCAACGAGAUAAAAUGAAGAGAAAGUCAAUGAAGGAGGGAGAAUCUGUCACUUUAGAUUCUGAUGCAGUAAAAAACCCAAAUGAUUUACAGAUGUGGUAUUUUAAUGACACUCGCAUCGCUCAAAUCAGUGGAGAUCCCAAUAAGACCUGCACAGAUGUUGAGUGUAAUGAAGGAACUGAGAGAUUCAGAGACAGACUGAAGCUGGAUCAUCAGACUGGAUCUCUGACCAUCACAAACAUCACAAACACAGACUCUGGACUUUAUGAACUACAGAUCAUCAGCAGCAGAUUCAGCAUCAUAAAGACAUACAACGUUAGUGUCACUGCUGUUUCAGGUUCAUCUGCUGCUGUAGCUGCUGUUGUUGUUUCUGUUCUGCUGGUUGCAGCUGCUGGUGUCAUUUACUGUUACUGCUGGAGCUCUAAUCAAGCAAGACAAAAUGGAAAAAGGAGGCAGCGCAAUGAUCAUGAACUGGGGCAUGUCGUUGAAGAGAAACCUGCGAGAACGCAGGAGGAGGGUGUCGUUGAAGAGAAACCCGCGAGAACGCAGGAGCGUGUCAUUCCAGAGAAACCCAUGAGCAUGCAGGAGCUUGACGUUGAAGAGAAACUCGCGAGCACACAGGAGCUUGACGUUGAAGAGAAACUCGCGAGCACCCAGGAGCUUGACGUUGAAGAGAAACUCGCGAGGACCCAGGUGCGGGACGUUGAAGAGAAACCCGUGAGCACCCAGGAGGGUGACGAAGAGUAGUCCGCGAGCAUGCAGAGGGAUGCCGACGGGAUAACAACCUCCACCCUCCCAACCACCACCAGGAUGGUCC